AUGCAAUUACAAAAAACAAUAAAUAUAAUUAUAAAAUAUACAUAUUUUUAUAUAAGACAAUUGCGCCCAAAAGCUGUUGCCCAUAGAGAUAUUAAACCAAAAAAUAUAUUACAUGAUAGAAAUAAGAAUCUUAAAAUAUUGAAUUUCGGUUUCAUAUCAUUAUUCAAAUAUAAUAAUCAAACAAGAAAGUUAUCUAGUGAAUGUGGAAGUCUAUCGUAUAUUGCACCUGGAAUUCUGCUUCUUAAUGAAAAAAUACUAGUAAAUUGCAAAUCAUUGAAGAAUAUGACAUAA